AUGCUCACGUUAAAGGAGGAGAGAAUUGUAUUGCUGAACAGUCAGAUAGCUGAGAUCCGAGACGAAUUAGAUCGGCUACGUCAGCGAGAUGCUUUGGGAUUAAUGCAUGCUAAGCUAACCCCAGCCGAUGAGCUGGAGACUGGCGGUCAACCAGUACUACCAGAUGGAGGCUACAAUGAUCAUAUGCUACGCUAUACAUUCCCUCUGCCUCUACCCAACAAUGAUGAACAGUCAUUCCUAGUGCAUGAAAUGCGCGACUUCAAAGUCGCGGUGGCAGAGAAGCAUGAACGGCUUCAUGUACUGCCGCUUCCUGUUCUAGCUGAGGGGGAGGCUCCAUCUAGGGACCUAACCUGGUUUAAAAUGGAGGAUAACCAAUGGGAUCUUCUAGCAUAUGAGAUGCUUCUAUUGGCCUACUUCAAAGCUACUGAUGAUGAUGGUAAUACAUUCAGGAUGUCUAAAGAUGAGAAGGAUGCACUGAGGGAGAGUAUACAGAUGUGCCGGGUCCGUCUACGUAUAUCAGCUACCUUACACCAGCAAAUAGUGGAAAUGCUUCUACCUGAUCUAAAUGGCCAUAAGAUAUGUCCACCAUUAGACGUACGAUUCCGCUUGUAUAGGCUGGUUGCUUUUGAUAUCAAAGAAUCUAGAGUGCCUAUCAGCCAGAAGAUCUACUCACAAUGGGUUGUCAGACAAUGUGCAAUGGUACGAUGGGUAGUAUACUGUGUACAGAAGAUUAUGGGAGGUGUGCCAGAUAUGGUCAAGAAUGCCAUUAUGGACUUCCAUCCUAGCAAGCCAGAUUCAUGGAAGCAGAUGCUGGAGGCUCUCAAUGGUAGUGUGCAGGGGCUCUAUCUGCCAACCCUUCUGUGA